CCGGUGCGGUGCUUGUCGCUGGCAGCUUGAACUGCGUGGAGUGGAGCCUCCUGCCCCCGGCCACCCAGGAGAUGGUUGCGCAGGCAGAGCAGCUGAAGGGCCGGUUCCAGGGGGAUCCUUCGUUUGAGUAUGAGCACGCUGAGAUCAGUGCGGAAGAUGCUGAAGGAUUGAUUGAAGAUGGUAAGGAGCCCGUGAUCAAGGAGGAGGCCCGCCUCGUAGCUACGAUAGAACUGAUAGACAGAGCAGUUGGUAUCGUCCCCCGGGGGGCAUUUGUGAAGACUCCUCUUGGGUCUGUGCAUGAAAACAGAAACUUUGAAGGUCUUUCUUUGAUGGAGGCAAAAAAGUUAAGUUCCUAUUUUCAUUUUACUGAGCCUGUUAACCUGAAGAAUAAAACCCUGCUGGAAAAGGCUGACCUGGACCCAUCCAUUGACUUCCUAGACUCUCUGGAGCAUGAUACACCACGAGGCUCCUGGACUGUCCAGCUAGAGAAGGGAGGCACAGUGGUGGUGCUGCGGAGCCUGCUGUGGCUGGGACUGACGUUCUACCAUGUCCCCAUGACCAAGCAAUACGGCUACGUCUACUUCGGCACUGGUGAGAAGAACUUAGAUCUGCCCUUCAUGCUGUGACUCUCCUGUCUGGGAUGAAGACUAAAGAACAUUUAGAUUUUAUACCUAGGAGAUGUUUGUUUAUUGCUUCUUCUAAUAAAUGUGUGAAACCUC